UUGUGUGUGGCUUAAAUGCCAUAAACAAUCAUACUUAUUUUUUGUUGUCUGUGGUCGGUUAAGUCCCGCUGUAACGUCAUUCGUGACGCGGUUUAGACGCGCAAGUGGAGUCAAAGUGUGAAGAUACCUUGAUUGUUUUUUAUAUUUUAAAUUUGCACUGUGUUUCGAUUUACCUUCCGUAAAACAUCGCAAUGCCUCCUAAGAAGGAUUUGGACAAAACGCCAUACAAAGGCAACGGGCGUUGUUUCGGGGAGUACACCUGCCCUCAAUGCGGCAGGACCUGGAUGUCUGCUAACUCCUGGGCCGGAUACGGGCAGGAAUGUACUUCGUGCCUCAUCAACGUGUACCCUCAUAAACAGCGGCCUCUGCAAAAGCCUGACGGGUUGGACAAGAGUGACAUGGAGAAGGAGCAUCUGCAGUCACACUGCCAGAAAUGCAAGGCGCUCGGCCGCAACUGCCGCGGAUAUAGGCGAUACUAAAAACAUCCAAACUGCAUACAGUCUGACCAAAAAGAGUAGAAGAUGAAGAGAAGAGUGCGCUGAGGAACUGUACAACCUUGUUCGUCCGUCCCCAUUUCACCAUAGGACCACCAGACAACCGCUUCACGGUUAGUAUUUCAAAAAUACGCACUAAACGUUUCGCUUCAACGUUUCUUCGAACCGCCAAGGAGUGGAAUGCCUUGCCUGAGUACA